AUGAUUUAUUUCUAAGGCUGUCUCAUGAAAUGGAAUAUGACGCGACCUGUCUGUCUCCCUCAGUGGCGCUCCUUUGUGCACAGUAGGUGGGAAUUGCUUUUCAGUAUUGACUCAGACAGAUAGAGACGCCCCCUGGCGGCGCUGAGCUGUAACUCCAGGUUGUGACUGAGGAGAGAGAGAGAGCGAGAGAGAGAGAGAGCGAGAGAGAGAGAGAGAGCGAGAGAGAGCGAGAGAGAGAGAGAGAGAGAGAGAGGAAAAUGGGUGGACGGAAAGUCCCCGUGUGGAAAUCCCCUUGACUCGGGCUGUUUCCUUUUUUUUUUUUUUUUUUUUUUUUUAGAAAAACUAACGUUAGUACACGUAACGUUAGUGUGUACUCUUUUGAAAGGCUUCGCAAGCUGCGAGGGCUCCAAAAUAGAUCUGGUAGUGAAGGAAAGAGAAGGUUGAAUGGCGCCGAGGACCGCUGCGGUGAGGCUGAGUGAAGUGGCUGAGAGAGGACUAGCCUGAGCAUCCGGGAGGGCUUUGUUAUUACCCCGACAUAUUACACAGUUUCCACGUUGUUUGGUCAUCGGCAGUUGGUCCCUCCUCCUCCUCCUCCUCCUCCUCCUUUCCUUCUCCUCGUUCCUCUUCCUCCCCCCCUUCCAUCCACCUGGCCACCCAUCCACCAUGUCGCAGGGUCAGAACUUCCUCCCCAAAUUCCUGUUUGUCUCCAACCUGCUGAAGGCGGUGAAGAUCCGUCAGCGAGUGCCCAACGACGUGGUGAAGCCGGCUGCCAGCGGCGGCCUGAUGCACCACCUGCGGGGUAUGCACAGGUACACUCUGGAGAUGAUCGCCAUGAACCACUUCCCACAGGCCUUCAGGGAGGUGGUGCAGGCCGCCAUCCUGGACCGAGCCAUGCAGGCCUCAUUGGAGCAGGAGAAGAAGCUCAACUGGUGUCGGGAGGUGAAGAAGAUGGUGCCUUUACGUACCAAUGGAGAUGGGAAUUGUUUGCUCCAUGCAGCCUCUCAGUACAUGCUGGGCGUUCAAGACACAGACCUGGUGCUUCGGAAAGCCCUCCAUGGUGUUUUGAAAGAGACAGACACUGGCGUCUUUAGAGCUCGCUUCCAGGCAGAGCUGCUCCAGUCCCAGGAGUUCACCCAGACCGGACUCCGAUACACCACCAUGAACUGGGAGGAGGAGUGGGAAAAGAUUGUGAAGAUGGCGUCUCCGGUCUCCAGUAGCAACGGCCUCCAGUUUGACUCUCUGGAGGACAUUCACAUCUUCAUCCUCUCCAACAUUCUCCGCAGACCCAUCAUCGUUAUCGCAGACCAGGUGGUCAGGAGUAUGAAAUCUGGCUCCUCCAUCUCUCCUUUGAAUGUUGGUGGGAUUUAUCUGCCGCUACACUGGCAGCCCACAGAGUGCUACAAAUACCCAAUAGUGCUCGGCUACGACUCCCAGCACUUUGCACCCCUCAUCACCAUCAAAGACAGUGGUCCAGAGAUCCGAGCAGUACCGCUGAUCAACCCUGGACGAGGGGACUUUGAGGAGCUGAAGGUUCACUUCCUGAUGGAGAAAGAACAGCAGCAGAAAGAGAGGCUUCUCAAAGACUACCUGUUACUGAUAGAGAUCCCCGUCAUAGGCUUGUGCCACAACGUCCUACGGAUCAUCAAUGCUGCAAGGCUGGAUGAAGGCAAUCUCCCUGAAGACAUGAACCUGAUGGAGGACUACCUGCAGCUUGUCAACCAUGAGUACCAGCGCUGGCAGGAGGACAAGGAGCAGGCAUGGGCCGCCCAGCCACAGCGCCCACCACCCUUCUCUGUCUCCCAGCUCUCCCUCAUCGAGAUCCGCUGUGCCACACCACGAUGCACCUUCUAUGUCUCUGUGGACACGCAGCCUCAUUGCCACGAAUGCUUUGAGAAGCGACAGGCCACUACAGGUGGAGGAGCAAGGAUAGAAGGGGUAGUACAGACCAAGGGAGGAGGGGUACAAGGUGGGGUAGGUGUGAUAGGGGGAUCAGACACUGAGGUGAGCUCUAGAGGAGCCCAAAGCGGGAGCCCCCCAUCCUCCUCGUCUGGGAGAGGGGUGGUGGUAUCCAGCCCCCGCUCAGCCCCACCCACUGCUCCCAGCCUCAGCCUGUACAGUGAAACUCAUGCCAUGAAGUGCAAGACACCCGGCUGCGUCUUCACCCUUAGUGUGGAACAUGAUGGACUUUGUGAACGCUGCUUCAACUCCAGGCAGAACCAUGGACCCCCUGGAGCUGGAACGGCUGCUACAGUACUCCCAAGCCCCAAUGGGGGGCCUGUAGUCCCUCACCCGGCCCAGGGUUCCGGCUGGACCCAGUGGGGGGGCUGUGAGACAGAGACAGAACGCUGCAGCAUGUGUAGACAGGAGGCGUUCAGGAUAUUCAAUGGCCUGUGUCCACCCUGCAUGCAGAGACAGCAGGCUCCAGAGAGGGGAGAGCCACAGCAGAGCAACCCCAGAACUGAGGCCUCGUCUUCAGCUUGGAGCCAGGCCAGGGACGCUGAGCGGCCAUGCCUCACCCUAACCCCAGGGCACACCUCAGCCUGGCAGGCCCCUCUGGCCCGGCCUUGUAAAAGAUCUGGUUGCCAGUUCUUUGGGACACCAGAGAAGUUGGGUUUCUGCACUAUUUGCUACGUAGACUAUCAGACCAACCACCACAUGACCCCUCCUCCUGCACCGGUCCAGAACCGGCAUGGUUUGGAGGCAGGCUUCCAGAACGCCUCGCGGUGUCGUGGGCCUGGGUGUGGUGCGGUUGGCAAGGCAAUGUUGGAGGGCUACUGCGACAAGUGCUAUGUCAAAGAGCAAAGCGCACGGCUCAACCAAGUGGCACAUCGCACGCCACACUCCCCUCCUCUAGUCAUGCGUGACCGAGCAGCCAAACCCAGAUCUUCGCAGCAAUCCCAGACCCAGACCCAGACACAGUGCCGGCGGAGUGGCUGCAGUAAUGUGUCUCCGGGUUGCACAGACCUUUGCCCAGAGUGCCACACACGAGGCCAGGGCAGAGAGGUGGGCAGGCGGGCGCAGGCGCCCAAGGAAAAGUCCAAGCAGCGGUGCCGGACGCAGGGCUGCGACCACUACGCCAACCAAGAGAAACAGGGCUACUGCAACGAGUGUGACCACUUCAAACAGAUUUACCGCGGCUGACCACAUACGUACCCAUGCACGCAACAACGAUGAUGACACAUCGCUAGCACGCUAGAGCCGCUGCCCUGCUGUGGGCGCCCCAUGCCAGUCAAUGCACCUCUGAUACUAACUAACCAACUAACUAACUAGCUAGUGACUAACUAGUAACCUUAUGGCCUGAAAAUCAAACCCCCCAUGUAGAAUGUGAAGAGAGAAUGUGUGUACGUGGGGGGGAGUGAGUGUGUGUGUGUGUUCGCAGUAGACAUGGCCUCCAGAAUACCUCUUUGUGCAAUUAUUAUCAUCUGAUGUGCCCUGUGCACUUAACACGGUGAGAGGUUUGGCUACAUGUCAGAGCAACUGACUUAACUCUUGUGUACAAUAUGUAUUUAGAGGUACGUAGUGAAUCGUGCCGGACAAAAUGAUUGUAUGUUGACAUAACGAGAAGCAUCUGACAUUGCUUUCUAGACCACAGCCAAGGAUUUAUACCCCCCGUCUGUCUGUCUGUCUUAACCAACCUGUGUAUCUGUCUGCCUGUCUGUCUAGCAUUUGCUCUGUAGAGUGAGGGAUGCAGCAGUUGGGGAAGCCCAGCGACAAAUCUGUGGAAGUCGUAAGCAGAAGUGAGGCAAACUGGGCCAAAGCAAAGCGGGUGAAGUGCUAGAAAGUAAAAUAAAAUGGUGUUCACCGCUGUUUAGCUUAGUUCUCCAAAAUCAGUCAUUUAGAGAGAGAUUUGCCAGAAAAGCCUCUUGCAAUCAAUAUUGUAGAAUGAUCAAGAAUUGAUUUUCUUCCAUUAGUCAAUAGCAGUGUUAGUUUAUAUUUUGAGGCAAAUUAACCUUAGUAUUAUGACUUAUCUGUUACAUGAAGUUGUCAUUGUGAACUUGCUUGAUAUGAAAAGUCAGAACAGACCAUGCGUCUGAACAGUGCGAGACAGACAGGGCAGGCCCCUGCUAGUUUUGGUGCUACAUGUACAGAAAUACAAGCCUCUCCAUUGUAGCCAACACGCUGGCAGUGUCAGCAGACAGAGGGCAGAGAACACAGCAGAGACAGGACUCAUUCUCUUUCUAUUCCUCCUUUCCUCCCCCCCUUCCCCCCUUCUCCAAAACAGAUCUGUUGCCUUGGACGUUGUUUUCCUGUUUACUGACCACUUAAGCACCUAGAAACGCAUAGACACAUGUGCACAUAUACCUACACAAAUCCACACAAAUGUAGUAGUUCCAGUCCUGUCAAGGGGAUUGCCAACUAUGGAAAGAACUGAGAACAUGACACACAUAUGCACACACACACACACACACACACGCAAACACUGCUCUGUGAGAUUGUACACGCCCCACCCCAGCCUGAGGUGAUGUGCAGGUAAACAAACCCACAGAGAAUUCAUUCCUCUCUGCUCCACCCCACUGGAUGUGCCAAGGCGACAAUUUCAAAACUUCAGAGAGCAAUCCCAUUGCCUGCUUUGGCUAAUCUUGUUUAUCUGAAUGUGUUUUGUGCUGCUGCUACAACAGCACAGUAUUGAGGCUGAUCCUCGAUAAGUUUUGCCUUUAAGUAGUGAUUACAAUUUUAUGGACCAGAGGGGCCUGAUCAGUGAUCCUGGAUCAGUGCCCCCACCUAUAAAAUGCUUUUGUGAAUAUGGAUCUUGGUCCAUAUUGUAGGACCUUCCAACCCGAUGCCUCAUCUCCAACACACACACACAACGCGCGCAUGUGUGCGUCUGGAAUACGCAAAACUGACAUUCCUGUUUUGUUUUUUUGAUUUUUUUUAUUUGUUUGGGGAUUUUUUAUUGUAUUUUGAUAUAUUUGGUUUUAUUUCUGCCAAAAAAAAAAAAAUACAUGUGCCAUCAAUCGCCAAACAGUUGUUGUUACCUCCUUAAAAAUGGCCAGCCUGGACCAUUCUGUACUAACUAGAGUGCCACAGAUAGACAUCUCCAGUUCUGUGUAACAGGAAAUUAGAGCUCAUCAAGCUCUCCCCAUGUUGAAAAUCCACAAAUGGGUACCAUCUUUCCAUGAGUGUCUAUUUUAGCUGAAUGCGAAGAACUAUUUAUCUGCAUUGAUAACCUCAAGCAUAAAACGUUAACUCAAAUGUGAUAUGAAGUGGAUUAUUCCCAUCACAAUUCUGCUGAAGAAUUCCACUGCAGUCGGCAGACGUGUAUCUGUGGCUCUAGUUAGAAAAGCAUAGACAAACAGGCUCUCGGUCUGCCUUUUCAUUCAACUGUAUCUAAAGCUAUCAGGCCAGUCCACGUGUUGACGGCCUGUACGUAGAUCUCUGUGUGCUUUAAUCACCUCUAGACAAACCUUAAUCAAUUUAAAGGCCAAUUUGUGGUCAGCUCAUCAGGACCCCUUAACAAGUAUUUCGGGGCUCCGACCGAGUUUGACUGAGAGAUGAUCACAUAAGUUGCACAUGACUUGUCGAAGCUGCUGAGGCAUUUAGGAAUGGUACUCCGACUCGCUUAGGGACAUUCCAACAGUAGGAAGAGCAUCCGCUUAUGAGCAGAAGGUGUAACAAAACAUGCAAACAGUGUGGAAGUUUCUUUGUGUGACCUUUCGACAAUAGGGUAUUGUAUGAAAAAAAGCCUGGUUUUAUUUGUUAAGUAUUUAUUCAUAUCAAAAUAUCUGUAUUGUGUGAUUCAAUAAUUAUUUAUAUGUCGUCCUGAAAUGAAUUAUUUUUAUUAAGAAAUCUGAAA